AAAACUCUACACUGGAAGUGGUGAGACGAGGCAGAUUGACCGCUACGACUUGGAUGAGCAGCAAUGGGAAGGGACUAGUCAAACUUUGAUGCCUGCACUUGGGCCACUGGAGGCCUUUACAAUAUACCUGUCGGAACGUCACAAGUACGAUGAAGCUGUCUCGGUUCCUGUGCUUCGGCGGCAGUAACCUCAUUCUGCGGGAGAGGUUACGGCGCUAUCUGGGGCCUAUCUUUGACCCUGUUCGCGACAAGGUCACUCGGGUGUGUCAGACAACAGUCACUGUUACUAUGGAGAUCCUGUUAUGGACGUAUGCCUACACACACGCACUGCUGUCCAUCCUUCUGGUUUGGGAUAUAACGCCCGCCAUCACUGGAAGGAAGACUUACGCGCCAAGCCCUCUGGACCAGCGACGGAAGCCACAGAGGAACUCAGAUGUGGUCAUCCUGGUGGACGAGUACGAGUUUGAGGCUAACAAAGCUAUUUUGUCAGAGAAAAGUGAGUAUUUUCGAGCGAUGUUUGGAUCUGGGAUGAAGGAGUCCAAUCAGAGGAUUUUGACAUUACAUGGCGUCCCGGCGGCCAUUUUUGACAUCAUCAUAGACUGCGUCCACGGCUCUCCUCUCGCGGUGACGGACGAGAACUUGGCGGAUCUGGUGGCCGCGGCGUCGUUCCUCCAGAUGCCUUGCGUCAUCACGGGCUGUGUGUUCUUCCUGCGCGCCAACAUGGACGUGGAAAACUGCACGGACGUCCUGGCACUGGCCGAGAUGUACGGGGUGCAGGAAAUCAUCGACGAGGUCCAUAAGUUCAUGCGAGACAAUUACAUCGACUUCUGCAAGAGUGAGAGCUACCAACUCCUCAGUCCUGAGAAAAGGGAAUAUCUGAAAACACUGAGGAACAGCGGGAAGCAGUAUAUAGGCAUUAUCAGCAAGGAGGGGGCCAUGAGGGGCUUACAGGUGGAUCCUGAUGAUGUGAAGAAGCUACAUUACUACGACGAGGAACAAGACAAGUGGAAACUGCUAGCUAAUCUACCGGUAGAGGUCUCUCGAUGGAACUGCAGCAUCGCAGUGAUUGACAACUACCUGUACGUGGUGGGCGGGUUCAAGCCGCGCACUGGAGACUCAUGUUUCCAGUACCUGCCAGGAGCAUACAGAUACAACCCGUGCAAGAAUUCAUGGGAAGAGGUCCGCGCCAUGAGGAAGCGUCGUCGCCACUUCAGUCUCGUGCCGCUAGAGGGCGCGCUUUACGCCAUCGGCGGCUGGUGGCUGGACGCCUUCGCUCCGGACGCACGGAGCCGCAUGUUCGACUCCAUCGAGAAGUACGACCCCGAAUCCGACAGAUGGAGCAUCGUCACCACCCUCCCCCUCCCCAGAUAUCGCGUACACAUGACACUCACUCACGACAACCCCCUGGCAGUUGCCUUCGACUCUUCCAUCUUCAUCCUCCUGGCCUAUAGGGGCAUCAUUGUCAUGCACCAGUACACCCCCUCUACGGACAAAUGGAGGGAGGUUUGCGAGGUGCCGUUUCACAACGAACUGUACACUGUCUACACGAUGUUGUCGCUCGAUGACGUCAUCUACAUUAUAGGAGGGAAUUUCGAGGAGAAUAUCGUGGUAAGUUAUACGCCGGAGACGGACGAAUGGACUAAGCUGAGCUCGGUGACGAGGGUGGCGUAUUUCAACGGCAGCGCCACCUUGCGGGGACGUAAGAUCUACAUCGGGACGGCGGAAGACCAGACGCUGCAGGUGUACGAUGUGGACACCAACACGUGGCAGCCGGCAGGGGGCGCCACUAUGCCGUUCCUGGGACCGCUGGUCGCCUUCACGCUAUCACUGGGCUGAAUAUGGUAGAUGGACAGUCUGAUAUCUAAAACUUUUCACCUUAUACUGAGCAUGUCACAGUGUUGAGUACACUAUGUGGAGAGUACAGUAUGUGGAGAGCACACUAUGUUGACGUGGAGAGUACAGAAUUGUGUAGAGGGGACCUAUUUACUUAACACUAACAAGGAAAAAGAUUGAGCUGCAAUCACAGAAGUUUCGAAACACUGAUCACCGUUCAGACCAGAAUUUAUUCAUCUAUCAAUAAGAUAGACAUGCCGAAAGUUACACACCAUCAAAUAGAACAGGAUAAAAACUAAAAUAUUGAUUUCCACCAUAUAGUUAUAUUCAUAUAUUUUAAGAAUAAUUGUCUUCAUUGCACUUUAUCUGUUGACUGCAAGGUGACAAAAACGCCUAGUUUGUUCAUUGCCUAUUCAAAAAUCUUUAACAGUUAAAAAUCGUCGGGUGAGUUUUAUCAAUCUGGAAUGAGUUUGAGUUCUGAGUCUACUACUAAAGGAAUAUUGGAACCGAGGUACUAUUUCUUGUAAGCCCCAAGCUACGACGCAGACCGAAGGCACUUUGUUUCCAGAAAAGUAGUAUUUACCGCAAGGUUUUGGACGGAAGAUACAGAUAGAAAUUUUAAGCUAAGCUAAAAAAAUCAAAUUGAGACAACCACCAAACACAUAUAUUGAUUUUGUUGGUAACACUACAUGCAUACUAGUAUAUGUACCCGUGCGAAAUAUCAAAACCGUACAAUAACUUAAUAUGCAUACCUUGGUUGCCGGAAAAAGCUGCACAUUUGAAAUACAUAUACAAUCUAAUUCCA